AUGACUAAAUCAGAAUCGGAAGAAGAGGACAAAUUUAAGCCUGGAACCAUAAUCAGAAGCCGUGAAGCCAAAUACGUGAUACUUAGUCAACUCUUUGACGGUACUAUUGUUGGAGAGUACUUGGUAAAUGAUAUCGCAAAAAAGCAAUCGUUCACAAUGAAAAUCGAACAAACAGAAAUAAGACGCAAUGAAAAGCUGAGAAUGGAGAUUUCUGUUUUGAAAUCGGUGGAUGGCGGUGAACACUUCCAGAAAAUUGUGGAUCGCAGGAGAAAAGACAGAGAUCAUUUCUGUUUUUUGGUUUUGCAACAAGUUGGAAAGUCAUUGGCUGAUUUGAAAAAAGAACGAGCUGAUAAAGUAUUCUCAUCUGCUACUGGGCUCGGAGCAGCACGCCAGUGUUAGCAGGCAAUUGAAGAGUUGCAUAAGAAGGGAUUCGUUCAUCGUGACCUGAGAACUGGUCACUAUGCAUGUGGACUUGGUGACAAACGGCAUAACAUUUAUCUUCUCAACUUUAUAUUCGCGCGGAAGUAUGUCAACUCCAACAAUGAGCAGAAGUCCGCAAGAAGAGGAAAUGUGGGGUUCAAGGGAAUUUCUCGUUUCGCAUCGAUUGCAAGCCACCUAAAAACUGAACUGAGCCCCAAGGAUGACUGUGAAAGUUGGCUCUACACGCUGCUCGGCCUCAUCCUUCCAAAAGAUGUUCCAUGGCGUGAUCUCCAGGACUGGAAUGAGAUUCUGAAAAUGAAGCAAGCAUGCCGGACAACAAAGCGUGAUAAACUCUUUGCUGGAAUCAAGCAGAGUAGUGAACUCAACAAGAUCCUCGACUACAUCGACUCGAGAGUCUAUCAAGAUCGUGUGGACUACCAGUUCAUCUACAAGCUGCUCGCAGAUGCUUGUACUACCGCCGGUGUUGACAUCAAUGCACCGUAUGAUUGGGAGAGGGAGUCGGAGUAA